AAAUUUUCUUAUUGGACUUCUUUAUACAUCUUUACAGCUUACCUUACUAAUUUAAUCUUUAAAUCAUAAUGCCACAUGCCAAAGAAGAUGCUACCUUUACAUUCAAUAUCGACCCGUCAUUUACCGGAGUCAUGACUGGAUUCGCAAACGACGAGUCUGAAGGCUGUACUCUGUCAGGUACUUGUGUAGCCACUGUCCACAGACCUGUCAAGGUGCGUCGACUACUCGUCUGGUUCGAAGGUCGCUGCAAGGUCACUCUCAAGUCAACAAACUAUGGAAUGCCCAACCCAGAAACAUCCGAACGACGCACCCUCUUCACCAAAGACGCCCGCUUUUUCGGCGACGAUGGCCAGAUCCAUACCCUCAUGCCCGGAGAAUAUUCUUACCCUUUUAGCUUCGAUCUGCCGUCAAACCUGCCCUCCAGCUUCCGUGGCAAACGCGGCUACAUCCGCUACCGUCUCCAGGCUGCAAUCUACCGUCCCAUGUUCGCCAACAACAUCUCGGCUGUCAAGGAAGUCUGUCUCCGCCGCUGUCUCAUGGACGAUCUGGUCCCAUUCGCCGACACUCUCGAAACAGUCCACGGCAAAAUCAACACCCACAAACUCAACUACAGCGCAACUGCCCCAAACAUGGUCUAUCGCGAAGGAGGCCUGAUCAGACUCAAUGUAGCGAUGUCGGUCAUCAAGCCGGAAACACAGGUCGUGCGCUCCGUCACCUGCGCUCUCAGAGAAAGGGUCCACUACAGAACAACAGACCACCAAUCAAACACCGUCCUGCACAAGACCGACGACCUCUAUCCUCUGGGCUACAGCACAUUCUACCCAUCCAAAAAUGCAGACUACGACCCCGCCCAGAAACACGACUACAAUGCCGUCUUUCGUGUCUGUCCAAGAGUCAACCUUGACACCAACUGCAGACUAAUCAAGGUCAGUCACGCCGUCAUCGUCAACAUCGUCGUCGAAGACAGUGCACCUAGAGACGAUAACGACAGAGGUGCUGAGACCGACGAAGAGACGGCCUACUACACAUCCGAAGAUGAGCGACCGAGCGCAAAGCACUUUGAAUCCUCCAUUCCAUCUCCACCAACAUCCCGCCCCACCUCUCCAUCCCUCAGCCGAUCGUCAUCGUCGUCUUCCAUCUCAUCAAUCUUCCGCCGCUCGACCGGCUUCCACAUCCACCACACCGAUCCUGACCAAGAACCCAUCGAAGCCCUGCAAGGCAUCCGCAAAAAGUCGUCUGGUCGCAGAAGCCAUCAUAAGCAAGACGAACAUUCGAUCACCAUGUGCUCUCUCGAAAUCCCGGUUAUUGUGACAGCUCGCGAACACAUCUGGGACGGAGACAUGCCCAGCCCUCCUUCAUACGCCACUGCCGAUGCACCACCCAGCUAUGGUCUGUCUAUCGAGCAGCUUCCACCGGCACCCACAUAUGCCGACAACUCAAACUCAAACUCAAACACCAAUAACUCUUCGGCCGUUUCUUCGGCUGCUACUUCACCCUCUGCGUCUCCUCCUAUUCUAUCAAACUCAUCUUAA